CUCCUGCCCUCGCCCUCGGUGGGGUUUUGUCGUUCUCGCCACGGCGUGGAUCGCACCGCAUCCGUCGUCUGUGAUCUGUGCCCCUCUGAACGAAUGUGCAAAAGGUGUCUUCGUAGCUACAUGCCGGACCGAGGCACCUUCGUGGCCGACAAUGGCGCAUAUAUGCUGAACUUUGCAGGAUGCGCUAAAUGCAUGCACAUGGAGCUCGACGCUGUCCUGCGGCGCAAGCCAGUAGCCACCAAGUCAGAGCCUGAAACGGACGCUCCGAUUCAUGGGGCACAGAGCGACAGUAUCGACGGCGCCGACGAUCCCGACGACCCCAACGAGGCUGACGACUCCGACGAGGAGGGUGCAGAGACUUUUGAGCAUGUCUGCCGGAACUGCAAGCAUAUCGUGGCCACCCACAUCCACCGAUUCGAGGAAACCGCUGCCUAUCAGGAAAGCUCCAUGGAAUGCGGACUCUGCGGCUUUGGCCAGAGCACCGCUUCGAUCAUGCCCUAUGACCGUCGUCUGGCGGCUCGAUACAACGAAAUUGUUCGUGAAUCGUAGCGAUGGCGACGAGCACACAGUUAUUCUGCUGCCAGAAACACGCUGUAAUCGGAUCUGUGGGUCCGUUUGAAUCCAGACUGCUCGUGUCGGUCCCAAAACACGAUGUCCAUGACGCUGUCUAUGCUGCUGGCCAUGUUGUCGUCCAUGUUGCAACCCA